CACGUGUCGAGAAUUGAGUGGGUUAAAGGAUUUUAACGGUUGAAGAUGAAAAAGCUUAUCUUUUUGCAAAAUCGAUUCUUUCUUCAUCAAAGCUUCAAAAAUCUUAAAAACAACAAAAAUGAAAACUCUUCACUUUUUAGCUCCCAGUUCGACCAUUAUCAAUCUGAAGCAGCAACAAUCUUACACACAAACCCAGUUCCUGUUGCAUCGUAACAACAAACGAACUCUAUCGAUAAACUGUGUAAACAGUGGCGGUGAUGAUGAGAAGAUCUCUCAACCGUUGGAUGGAGUGGAGAUAAGAUUCAAAAGAGGAUCCAGAAGGAAAAUGAGGGAAGAGGGUUCAGGAGAAGGAGGAGGACAAAGCGGGAAAAAGAAAGAGACUGUUCAAAAGCCAUGGGAAGAGAUGACAUUGAAUGAGAAGGCAUUGGAGCUUUAUGUUGGAGAGAAAGGUUUGUUGUUUUGGCUAAACAAAUUGGCUUACGCGUCGAUAUACAUUGUCAUUGGAGGUUGGAUUCUUUUCCGGUUUGUUGGACCGGCGUUUAAUCUUUAUCAGCUGGAUACGCCGCCUCUUGAUCCUAAGAACAUCUUAAAGGGUUAAGAAUAGCUUUUUAGCUGUGUCUGCAUUCUCUGUUCCAAUACAUUUUGAGGCUUAUG